GAUGAGAAGUGAGGGUAGAGCUGGGGCGGCACCGACCUGCGGACUCCCCGGUGUUGAUCCAGUCUGGGUUGGCCAGGCUGGCUAUGGCGAAGAUGUCUGCCGCCAGGAAGAGGCAGCCUGAGAUGAUGAGCCAGAUGCAGAUAAGAAAGAGAAAUUGGAGCAUAACUUAGGGAGCAGCUACAAAACAUUCAUCGAGCGGGGAGCUAAAGGCCUGGGUUUGGUACUGAUCGAAAACGGAUCCUUUCUGCAGGUUGUGAGAACUGUUGAGGGUGGCCCUGGAGAUGCCAUGGCAAACCUGAAGCCAGGGGAUAUCCUGGUUAAAAUCGGUAAUACCAACGUCUUGGGCUACAAGCUGCGUGAGCUGCGGCGGCUGGUGGGGAAAAUUCCCACAGGAAGUCAGCUACAAGUUAUUGUGUACAGGAAUUACAAGGAACUCCCGGAGCACUGGAAAUCCACGGCAGGAAAGCUAUCAACUAGAAGCAGCGAGGAAGGGGAGUCUGAUAUGUCGAGCAGCAGUGACCUCGAUGAGGAUGGUGGUGAUGAUGAUGAUGAAACCUCGAGGGUGAGGUUCAAGAACUUUAGGCCCCUUUCCAUAUUUUGGCAUGACCUUAGCAUCUCCAUCCCACCCGUUUCCAGAACCUGGCACACUCCAAAGAAAAACAGUAACGUCCUGAUUGUGGGCUUCCACGCCGGCUGUGACAUCGUGCUCCACCACAUGCAUGAAGAUGACCACAUGGCAGCUGAGAGGGAAGGGGAAGAGCAUGUCGCGCCGCUCUAUGCCAUCUGCUCCGCACAGUCAGACAGCGUGCGCUCUACCUCGUCCUCCUCAUCGUCCACAGACUCUCAGUGGAUCAGGCAGCUGCAGGCCCCUGACCUGGACUUGGAACGAGGCACCAGCCUGCACGAGGGAACAGCGGGCGAGUCGGCCCACGCGGUCCCAGUCCCGAAUCAGCUGCCACCUCCCGCAGCGGAAAGCUCAACGGACCAGAGCAGCAGCUCCACAAACUACGCCUCCACCUCCAGCCUCGAGAACUCCGCAUCAGCCAGCAUAGAAUCCUUGCCACAGCAUCCCCAGGGCAUUUCCUCCAACGCUUCCAUACAGUCACUCACCACCAUCGAGGAUUUUAUGGUGGACUUUUCAAGCGUGGAUACCACUCGUGAGGACAUCACACACGAAGGUGACCUGCAAGCUGCACAUCUCCAGCAUUGGACUAAGAGCACAGAAAUCCUCCAGCCUCCACCUAAUCCUCCCACCGACAUCGUCCAACACUAGCACACCCUAGUCCUUUCUCCAUCACUCGAUUUUCCUCUGAAUCAUUCAGUAUGAGAGGAUUCUAUCUGUGAACAUACUUUCACCUUUUAAGGGACGUAUGUAAAGGACUUCUGAUGGUUGCCCUCCCGACUCUUGCAUCUUUAUACAUUUCUUUGCAUCUUCUCUUUUCCCAUUUUGUGGUAUUAAGCACCUUGCAAACUCCGAUCCAAAUAAGGACUCGCAUGAACAUUUUGCCCCUUGAAAUGAACCACAUUGUACUGUUUUGAUUUCAAAAUCUGUUAGCCAUCCGGCAUUUACUGUUUUCCCAUUACCAAGGGAUCUCUUGUUAACUUCUGUCACUGGCCUGUGUAUGUGUACAUUUAGAAACAGGUGAGACUCUUCACCCUUUUCAGUUGUAUGACAGGCCAUUGUUUCCUUCAAGUCUAAAGGACUGUCUUCAACAAAAGCUCCGCACAAUGCCAAGGAAAGUAGUUCAUGAUUUGCCAAUAUAACGGAGCACAAGGUGUUCGGAUUGUAACGAUUCUUUAGAUUUAAACAUUAGC